UGGUCGUUCACCAGCUCCUUCGUCUUUCUCGUUGGACCUCUCCACAUCCAAAAGAACAAAAUCCAAACGCUUCACUCCUCGCAACAAACUGUUCAAACUUAAGACAACUUCGGAGUCCUUUCCCUGCUUUCACAACAUAAUAAAAGUACACCUUUUAUUGUCUGUUUCUAUCAUUUCUUUCUCCAUAAAACGCCGCAAAAUCAGUGGCUACUUUUCUCAGUCUCAAACUCUCAAUCGCUGACUCAGCUAUCCACUCUUUAUCUCUUCCUCCCAUUUCGCAAUCUUCUUUUCUUUUCACCAUGGCUACUACUGCCCCUUCUUCUGACCAGAACCCAGAGGUUGAGAACGGUGAAGAGUUCGAAGUUCAUGUAUUUUCAUCAGAGGCAGAGUUACUUGAGAAGCUGCAAGACAAAUGGAGGUCAGUGAAACCACAGCCCUAUCCGGCAAUGUAUUCGAGUGUAUUUGGUGGAAUUAUUCUUGAUCCAGCAUUGAUGGUUAUCCCGAUGGAUGACCACAUGGUUCAUCGAGGGCAUGGUGUCUUUGAUACAGCAAUUAUUCUUGGCGGGCAUCUAUACGAGUUGGAUGUACACCUGACUCGUUUUCUUAAAUCAGCUUCAAAAGCUAAAAUAGUGUCCCCAUUUCCUAAGUCCACUCUCAGAAGCAUUCUUAUUCAACUUGCAGCUGCAUCACAGUGCAGAAAAGGUACUCUAAGAUAUUGGCUAAGUGCAGGGCCAGGAGAUUUCUUACUUUCUCCUGCAGGAUGCCCGAAAUCAGCAUUCUAUGCUAUUGUAAUUGACGAAGACUUUGAACAGUGCAAAGAGGGGGUUAAGGUUAUAACAUCCACAAUCCCCAUGAAGACACCCCUCUUUGCCACAAUGAAGAAUGUAAACUACAUGCCGAAUGUUCUUUCCAAAAUGGAAGCUGAAGAGCAGGGAGCUUUUGCAUCGAUCUGGGUUGAUGAGGAAGGAUAUAUUGCUGAGGGUCCAAAUGUGAAUGUGGGAUUUAUAACCCAUGACAAAGAGCUUAUCUUGCCUGAAUUUGAUAAGAUAUUGCGUGGCUGCACAGCAGCUAGGCUUCUUGAACUGGCACCCAAAUUGGUUGAGCAACACCGUCUUAAAAGCGUCAGAACUGACAAUCUAACAAUAGAGGAGGCAAAAAAUGCUGCUGAAAUGAUGUACAUUGGAAGCACCCUCCCAGUUCUACCUAUUAUUGCGUGGGAUGAAAAGCCCAUCGGAGAUGGAAAAGUGGGAGAACUGACCAUGGCUCUCUCAGACUUGGUCUGGGAAGACAUGGUUGCUGGUCCAAAAACACGAAGGAUUCCAGUUCCUUACCUGUAGGAAAGCUUACUGUGUUAUUCUAAUCAAAAGAAGCAGUUAAAGAAUGCUUCAGAUAUUAUGUUCAACAUGUUAGAUUGCUGAAAUUUACAGAGAGUGGCUGCUGCUUUUUUGUAUGCUGGGAUUGUUGUUUGUAACCAUCACGAUCAGAUCAAACUAAUAGGAGUUCACCAUGUCACCGUGAACUACAUUACUGCGUUAGUUUAUAAUGUAACGUGUUUUGGAUUCCCUUGUCGAUUUGAUACUUGGAUAGUUGUGUUUCAAAUAA